AUGGAUAAUGUAUCAUUUCAACAGAAUAAUGGAAUUCACCAAUCAAUGAUUAAUAUCCCAGACUGGCUUACAACAGAAACUCAUAAGAUAAGUAUGAAAAUCAUUUCCAAUGAUGAAAUAGAAUCAAAUAUAAUUAAUUCCACUAUAUCAAUUUCAGGUAUGUUCUAUAAUUCACAAAAUGUUGCAUUUAUGGGAAAUAUAUCUUUGAAACAGAAUGUGAAUGCAAAAAGAUUCAAUGCUUCAUUUAGAAAUUUUGCUGAUUCAUCAAAAUCGAUAUUACUUAAUGAUAGAAUCAAUGGAUAUCAAUAUUUUGAUGUUAUUCUCCAAUUUCCAUCUAAUUUGGAAUAUGGAAUUCAUAUCAUUGAUAUUCUUGCUGUAAACGAAAAUGAUAGAGUUAUUGGAAAAAAAUCUAUCGAAUUCAAUUACAUCAAACAAACAAAAUACAGUCAUUGUAUGAACAUUCAAAGCCAUAUUAGAAAACGAUAA